AUCAUGGUGUCGUUACAACAAGUGUAUGAAAACAGAGACCAAUGUGUCAUGGAAGAGAAGUUUCUGCUCCUCAAGGUAGACGGCACUGAAAGCACAUACGUGGGCAAGUAUCCGUUGGAACCAUAUAUGGAAGGAGCUAGAGGAACUUAUGGUGGAGAGGUCAUCGCCCAGUCGGCUUUGGCUGCGUACGAAACGGUGACAGACCUGACCUUCCAGUUGAGUUCUCUCCACUCGUACUUUUUGAAAGCGGGUUCGCACGAGAGCCCCAUGCGGUACGAAGUGCUCACUACCUCGGCCGGUAAGAGCUUCACCUCUAAAACCGUCAAUGUGUAUCAGCUGCACAAUAACCAACACGUACUCGUGAUGACAUGUUUGUUCGCAGCCAACAAUUCCAUCUCCCAGCGCCAGAGCGACUACAAGUCGGGGAAGUCGAAGCGGUUCCCGUACCAGUUUCAGCUGCUGCCUGGCAGUAUUUUUUCCCAGUACCGCAAAGGCCUUGAGGAGAUGGAUGAUUUGAUUCCAGUGCAACACACUCACGACUUGGUCGAGCAUGCGUUGCCUCGUCUCUACUUGGAGAAGCCCAAAAAGUUGGAGAUGCCUGGUGAAAUUGGUGACCGUCGGUUGGGGUUCUUCACAAGAAUUUUGGAUGAGCUUCCGCAGGAUGCUGCAAAAGUCAACCGCAUCAAGGUGGCAGAUUUGUUGUAUCUCAGUGACAGUUUGUAUCUUGGCCUCAUAAUGCGGACGUUGGGUUUCCCGAUCUCCCCGUCAAGUCACGAGUUUUUUCGAGUGUCGUUGGACCACUCGGUUUUUAUUCACGACAUGGACUUUGACCCCACCAACUAUAUGUUUGUGGGCUACCGGUUCGUGAGGAUGAGUAACAGCAGGGUGUUGUGUUUCGUGCAGUUUUUUGACUUGGACGGAAAGCAGAUAGCGACGGUGACCCAGGAGGGGCUUAUAGACUUGCCCAAGUACAUCACGGAUGGUGUUAAGCUUUAGUUGAGUUGUAUUUAUUUGUUUGCAGCUAUGCUGCGCACCUUCGUGCUUGGCUGCAAAAUGUUAGUAAUGAAUCCAUUUUUCCGUUU